AUGUUUUAACCAAGCGACAAAUUCUAUACAAAUAUCCAGUUAAAUAGUGUUAUAUAUGAAGCUUAGGGUGUAGUAGUUCAUGAAGUUUUAGACAUAGAAAAGAGAAAAAAAUUUGUUUUAAUUGAAAGAAGUACAAGUGAUGAAAACGAGUAUGCAGAUUUACAAAAGGAUAUAUGCGCUUUUGAUAAGUCAGAAUCACCAUAUAUCAUAAAAAUUCACAAAUACACUUAUGAUUUGGUGAUACCAGAAUCAAAAGUUAGCCAAAAUAAUGGAAUCAGUGUAGGAGGAAAGUAGAAUAUAUUUUAAAAAAGUGGAAAUUCAGUAAUGGGAAAUUCAAACUUGGGAUUGGAAAUUCAUUCUAAAAAAAUAUAUAAAUUAUCCUUUCUAACAGAUUACUUUACAACAAAUCUGAAGCUAUGGAUAGAGAAAAAAAGAGAAGAAAUUGAUAAACAUAACAGCUAAUUUAAAAUAAAUUCUUUGUAUUCUAAAGGGAAUAUCAGAAAAGGGCUUCCUUAAUAUGAAUUUUGUUCUCUUUUUCACUAAAUGGUUGAAGGAAUUAAUCAUGUAUAUUAAAGAGAAAUAAAGAGAAGCAUGUCUUCAACCUUGAAAGAAUAUGUCUGCAAAGUUGACAUAAUGCCUGAAAAUUUCGUGGUUAACGAAAGCGUAGAUUUAGAAAACAAAAUAAAGUUUAUCCCUAUGCAUUUCUUGUCAGUUUACAAUAAAAAUUAUAAAAAGAGAUAUGCUUCUCUACUAGACCAUCAAAAGAACUAUAUCAUAAAGAGAAGAUAAACUUUAGAAUUGCAAAAUGGAUAUAUCUAAGGCUUUACUUCACCAAAGAACUCAACAAAAAGUACUUAGAAUUCAGCAAUUUCCUCUAAAUCAAAGACAUUUUCUCAUAUUUUAGAAUCUGAUUUUGCUUCAUCCACAAAAUCAAGUUCUCAAAUUCCAUCUUUGACUAAUGUUAUUCAAUAAGCUUAAGCUGAAGAUACAGAAACUAAAUACAUGAGAAUGCUUUUUGAUUUAGGUUUGAGAUUGGGUUCACUAUAUAUAGGAGCAGAUAAUUUUACAGAGCCUAACUAGCCUUUGUCGCCUUUUUCAAGAUAAGUACUAGUAGAUAUUUGCAAAUAAUAUAAAAAUGUAUCUAAGAUACUCGUUUAAAUGAUUGACCCAUCAUUAAUAAACUCUAGUUACACUCCUUCUUCAAGCUAUCACAGGCCUAGCAUGUAGAAAAUAUGUAAAGAUUUGAAGAAAAUCAAUGACCAAGAGUUUCAGUAUGAUGAAAACAAUUUUAGUGGCCAUAAAAUAAGUGAUGAUUUAAUGAAUGAAGAUGAAACUUCUGACGAUGACUCAAAAAAUUUAUCUCCUUCUAAGAGCAAUUUUAGAAGCUUAUUACAAAUAACUAAAUAAAAUAGUAUUAACACGAAUUCUGUAGGCUCUUUAAGUACUAUUCCACUUUCAAAUGAGCUUAUAGAACAAAACAAUAAUAAAUUUAUCAAGUAGAGGUCAUUAAAUAGUUAGAGUUUAAUAAAACAUAGAAGUAGUAUUAAAAGAAGAUCUACUAAAUUAUAAGAAAAGUACUUAUCUGAUUUACAAUUAUCCCCAAAUAGGCAAACAAGCUGUUAGAUAGAAAUUUAUGAUAUAGAAUAUGCAUAUGAAAAGAAGCCAAAAAAGUACAAAGGCCUAGCAUUUGUAACUCCUUAUACUAAUAUACUUAACAUCAUACAUGUAAAUGAAAAAAAGAAUGCCUACAUUGAGAAAGUAGAAAUGAUUUUACCUGAGAAAGUUGUAAUACCCCAUGAGCAUAGUAUUAUAGUAGCUCCAGGAGUAGGUGAGUUUAAAAUCUUCAUAUUAGGAGGAGAGGAUUGUAUCUAAAUGUUGCAAUACGAUAGCAAUAAAGAUGGAAAGCUUGUAAAGAAAUCUAAUAUGAUUGCCAGUAUAGAAAGAAGACAAUUUGGAAUUUGUACCAUUGAAAGAGAUUCUUAGAUAUUAGUUGUUUCAGGUAUCAGAGAUGAGCAAUUAACAAAUUAAUGUGAAAUAUAUGAUUUGAAUUCCAAUUGUUGGACUAAAAUAAGUAAUGUGAAUGUACCAGUCAUUGGAUCAUCUCUAUGUCUUUUUAAUAAGAGCUCGGUAUAUAAAUUCGGUGGAGUGGAUUCCAAUGGAAAAAUAACAAAAAUAAUUGAAAAGUAUGAUAUUUAUUAAGACAUUUGGAAAUGCAUUCAAUACGACAUUGAUCCUCAUGUGACCUAAAAUAUAAACUUUGCAAAAAACAUGCUUUCAUAUCAAAUAAAUCAUAAUUAAAUAAUAAUAUUUGGUGGUGAGCUAAAUACCCAUAACAGCAAUUAUGCUCAGGAUGGAUCUAAAGUAUACUAGCAUAUUAGGCACCCCUUUUAUUCAUUAAUGCCUUCUAAUUCUCCUCCUCCUCCUUAACUAAAUAAAAAAAUAUUCUUCUGUCAUAUAGACAAAUUAGGUCAUCACGAGCUAUUUGGAAUUGAUCAGUAUGGUUCAAUCCCAGAUAAUGCAGGUUACAUUUUGCCAGGGUAGGUUUGCUUGUCAGAGAGCGACGUAAUUUUCUUUUAAAAGCAGUUGUAUAGAUAAGACACUGGUAGGUUAAUGGGUUUCUCUGUAGAAAAAUAAGUAAAAGAUAUAAGAGGAAGUGACAUUCGUUUCUGA